UCUCAGGAGUCUCCCAAAACUACCGUAUGAGAGUAUGUCUGGUUGGACUAUGUUUGGAUAAGUGAAAUCAGGGAUUGUUGUGUGUGCCAUGCCGUUACAAAUGGACCUAAAAGUACCCAGCAGUGGCUUCGUUAUUCCACCUGAGAAGCGAUUAAGAGGUCACCUGUUCACUCUCAGUCAGUCAUUGUCACCCUGCCUGGUGGAGAAGAUGACAACCUACUUGUUCCACACACGGACCAUCACAGCUCACGAAGUUGGAGUUAUCAAGUCUCAACCCAAAGGGAUGCAAAAAGCCGCCCAUCUUAUUCAGGUCGUCCUACGGAAGGGUGGGAACGCAUGCCUGCUGUUUUAUCAGUGCCUGGGAGAAUGUAAUCCGGAUCUUUUUGAGAAACUAACAGGUGCUCCUGCCAUACCAUCAAAUAUCGUUGAUGAGCAGCCUUCAAAGAAUAACACAUCUGCAGGAGGCUACGCAGAGACAUCCACUUCUCAAUUUUGCUCCUCCCCAGAGAGGACGUUUACUCCUCAUGCGCCAGCCUACAUUAUAAACAUUCACAACUCCACCUUACGCAACUGUAUCAUUGGGAACCACAGUGGCCAAAACAUUUCCACUGAACAGGAGCAUCUCUGGCCUGAGAGACAAGACUUUAGCUCACAAGAAACCAUAAGAACCAGUCUGAUGUCUGACCAGCAGAGAGCAGCAGAGACUUCAGGAGGACCUCAUAAUAUCCAGGUGCAUGGCUCACAUAUGGAAUAUGUCAUCAUUGGCAAUCAGAGCUCAAUGGUGGUAAACACAACACAAAGUGAAGAAGAUGGAGAGGAGGAAGAUGAUGAGGAAUACCAAGAAAGUUCAAAUAGUUGAACACACUCAUUCAAUUCAGAGGAUUGACUGGAUUGUGAUUGGACUGUCAUUUGGUUUUGUAUUGUUUUCUACAGAACAUUGUAUUCCUCGGCCACAGAAAGCUGAAGUCGGGUUCUUAUUGUUUUAAGAGUUUAAUGAAUUCAACAUACUUGUUGUAUCCACUAUUGUGGAAAUAAACAUAGCCAGUCUAUGCACUCCUUCUUCUGGGCCUCACGGUUUCUUUUGAUGUAGUGUUCCAUGACACUCAAAAACUGAGUGCCAACAUUGGUAUGGCACUGACCUUGCUCAGACCUGGCCUCACUGAAAGAAAGCAGGUUCUGUUGGUCAGCUUAGGUCAGACUCACCCAGCCUGCCUCAUUGUGCACAUCAGGGCUCUGCACUUUGUUGCCCCUUAAAGAUAGUAUAUGACGGUGAUACUGUGUAAUAAUACAUCUUCACUUCUGGUUGACAACCAGAUCGUUGUGCAGAAAUGCAUGACAGAAAAGGUCUGGUUAUUUAAUUACAAAUAUGGCAUCUUGUCAUUUGAUACCCAUCUCAGAAGCAUAGCAACUAUUCGGACAACACAACUUUUCCGUCUUUGACAGUAACGUGCUUGUCACAGGCAAUUCACACUACAUGACUGUCUGCGAUGAGGACUUUCAACUUGCAAUCCCUGUCUGCGACUGGGGAUUUCACAUUACACAAUUUUUGUCAGGAAGUCGUGGGAAAUCCACAUGCUGCAAAACCAAAAUGUUUGGAAAAGAAAACUAAAGGCAAAUUUGACCUAAUUAGGCUAUGCAGAUGUAUUACUCACAGGCUGAUGUGCUGGUCAUCUUCAUGUACUGUAUAUUGCAUUAUCUUACCACUUACUUUUCCAAACAUGGGUUGGAAUGAGUAGCCUUUUUAGUGUCCAAUCCCAUGACUUGUAAACAUGGGGCUCAAAGCUGUCUUCAGUUAAAUCAGUAACAUCCCUGUUGAAAACAAUCAGCUUGGCAAUCUAAAACUGGUUAACAUAGUUGAUCAGCUAGUUUUGACCAGCUUAAGGUAUGUUUUCGUAUAAUUUUUUAUGGUUUAGCUGGUCAUAACGGUUUAGACCAGCUACCAGCAUAUGCUGGUUUUAAGCAGCUACUAGCUUAAGCUGCUGGACCAGCUGGUCUCCAGAUAGUUUGACCAUCAUAAGGUAUGUUUUCAUAUGAUUUUUGAUAGUAAGACCAGUUGGUUUUCAGCUGUUUUUUUCUUCCAGAAGGGAUGCACCCAUAACCACAUCAUAAUGAUCAUAUGUAAGUGAUAGUGACCGUCGAUAUGUGUCCUGUUAUUAGAAAAUAUUGGACUCUGUCAGUUUCACCUCAAAGGCAGUUUAUACCCUGGUUGCCACACAUAGCUUACAAAGGAAACAUUUGGUUCAGUUUAAAAAGAAGCCAAACUGUAGUUUGUAGUACUACGUUCUGUUGUAACUUGGAUACAAAUGAUUGCUAAGCCUGAAUCCUUUAACUUGCUAACUGUUUUUGAUUCUGUGCUUGCUUCUUCUCCAGAUAACAUUGACCGCCGCUGUACCACAUGGCAGUCAUAUAGUGUGUUCAAGCUUUUUCCACAUUGUUAUUGUUUUUGACUGAUAUUUGAAUCGAAAAUAUCCCAUACUUAAACCUCACCCAUCCACCUGAAACUUGGCAUGAUUGUAGCCCCACAUGGCUGAUAUGGAAUAUAAGGGUUGUGUCCCUAGGUGGAUGUGUCCCCUGAAGUGUGGUCGGCUCAAAGAAACUUUUUGGCAAUAGCUCAUCAACAGCUUCGUCAAAAAUGACGAAAUAUUUAUGGCACAUUGAACUCUAGGAGGCACACGACCUUCGUUCAUUAGAACUCAAUUUUGAAAAAUAAUCUACUGCAUAACAAGCCAAUAUCUUUCAGUUCAAAGUUUGACACGCAACAUCGUUACCACAUUUGUAGACACACGCCACAUUUCAUGAAUGCUGUCCACAGAGUUUACAAAAUUAAAAUGGUCCCCUUUCACCUGUUGAAGCGGUCAAAUCAUUCAACCUUUCGCUACUUAGGGCAGUUUGCACAUUGCUUGGACCCCGAUGAUUGCUGCCUAUAGCUAUAUUUAAAUGUAUGAUAGUGUAUACCCUGGUCCUGUUAUAAAUGUUGAUACUUGUAUGCCUAUAUGUAGGAUUUACAUUAAGUAGGCUAUUGUAAUCAAACACAUUCUUGCCUUCAACCAAUAGGCUAAUCCUACAUUUUAUAUCACAUGCAUAUUUUUCCAAACUUUGAAAUGAAAUGCCAAGUAGGCUACAGUUAUACAAUGAAGCUCAUAUUGUUGCUUACAUAUGGACAUUUCACAAAAUACUCAUAUUUACCACAAGAACACAUUUGUUGUAGUCAAACUCAUGGUCCUAUUUAGACAGGUCUCAAAACCAUAGAACUAACCCUAACCCACACCACAUCCUCAAACUAUAGUUCCACAUCCUCAAACUAUAUAUUCUUUUUCACUCAAUAAAUAAGAUAAACAAACUUUUUAGUCUAUUGUUGGCAGAAACGUAAUCCUCAAGAUAACACACUUUUCUUGGAACAGAAAACAGGCCUCUCACAAAAAUUAUUUAACUUAAUUCUUGCUCAUUCUCUCACUUUCUGCUGCGGUCAUAUUUUGCAGGCCUAUGCGGUGUAGGCUGUCUAGUUUAACCACAGAAGUCAUCAUGUUUACACCACUUGGCAAAAUGAGACAACGCUUUUAUUACGUUCAUUCAUUAGCUUCUGACACUCUGUAGUUACCUCCAUCGAUGGACAGCAUUUCAAUUAAACCUUAUUUAUAUGGUUAUUAGUUACCAUUCAAAGUUUCCAGAGCAUUGAUAUACAACGGUAAUUGUUACUUAUACUGAUCUGGUGUAAGCAGAGGUUUGUGUGUGGCCUAAACCUACACCCUCUGCCCCCUAGAGGUUCUUUACUAUUUAGGACCUAUUUUAUCUGGGCGCUGAAUCACAGAGACCAUCGCAACAAUGCACAAAAGGGUCGAGUUUAUUUAUUUUACAGUUAACAAACAGAAUAGCUCAUUAAAAAUACACUGGGGGAAGACCAAUAUGUUAGAGGCUCUAGGCUGGUUUAAA